AUGCCGGACAACCACGUCGAAUCGAAUGUGCAUCCUGAUGCACCCAUACACGAGGGAACUCAUUCUAGCAUUCCACACCCUCCACCCGAGGAUCAUCCACACAACCACCCAAACGUGAACAAGCCCGUACCUGACACAGGCUGGCGCGGCCAGCCUCAAAUCCCGAGCAGAGACGGUGGCUCUUAUGAAAAAGACUUCCUUCACAAACCUCCUUAUGAGUGGGACAGUGACGGCGACCUGUUCAAGCCAAAAUAUAAGUCACAGUGUUGGUGUGGCAACUUGGCAUUCGAAUUUCACGGGAACCCGCUGGAUGCGAAACAUUGUCACUGCAAGCAAUGUCAGCGACUACAUGGCGCACCUUUUCAGUGGGCUGUCAUAUUCCCUAAGACUUCAGUCCGAAUGGUUCAGAACAAAGACGACAGCUUGCACUUCUUCUCUACGGAAAAAUUGAUAGGCACGCAUAGCGUUCCCUGCAAGGUCUCGUGCAAUGUUUGCCGCUCACCUGUCUUUGACGAGGGACGCAACACCGUGCUGGCCUACCCCUCUUCGUUCCAGUUCUUAGACUACAAGAUACCUCUCGACUUCCAACCCACCGCACACAUCUUCUACAGUCAGCGGGUGAUGGAAGUACCAGAUGGCGUUCCAAAGUGGGCGGGCCACAAAGGUGACAGUGAGCUAUUGCAGGAGCUCACCGAGGAAGAAGGCGUGGCUGAAAUUCAGGGCUCGUCGUUUCAGUCGCCUUGGGCUGGACAGACUGUUCAAGAUGUAACGGGGAUAGUUACCGCUAAGGAUAAAUAUGGAGCAUGGAUACUUGGAGAGCGCUCCGACGAUCUUCGCGUGUCGAGUGGCUUACGCAUAUAUGGCUCCUCCGCUAUCAAGUCUGUUUCUAUUGGAGACGAGAUCUCGGUGUCUGGGCGUAUCACCGAGUAUCGUCCCGCAUACAGUACCAAUGAUCUUUUCCUCACUGAGCUCGACCUCCCACAUGACGUCCGCAUACUUUCUCGUGGCAACAAAGUGGAACCGCUCGUCCUUGGAAAAGACAGGAUCCCACCCACAAGCAAUCUAUCUGUUGCCGACACGGGGCGAGACAGUUGGCUGUCAGUUCCAGGAAAUGUGACACUGCUGGAGAGCGUGAAUCCCAUACUGCAGCCGGAGCUGUACGGUCUUGAUUUCUGGGAAAGCUUAGAAGGAGAGAUUGUCACCGUACCCGCACCUGUUGCUUUAAAUUUCCCGGACAGAUUUGGAUCUGUGUGGGUGCAUGGCGACUGGCCAGUGGAGGGGAGGAACUCGAGAGGCGGGCUAACUCUGACGUUCUCUGGGGAAGACGGCACGCCCGAAGCUCAUCCAGGAGCUAUCCUCAUAGGACACCCACUAGACAAUACACGAAACCCACGGACAUCAAUGGGCACAUUAUUGAGCGAUAUUACAGGGAUUGUUACGUAUCAAUAUGGAAGCUACUACGUCCUCCCACUCACGGCACCAAGCAUUCUCACUAUUCCGGCUGAGAAAGUGUUUCCCUCGUCUCUGCUAUCUAGCGGACGACCAUGUGAGCUUACCAUCGGUGAUUAUAAUGUUGAGAACAUGGGCCCAAGGUCUCAUCAUAUUGCUUCGGUGGCAGAACAUAUCGUCCAUUACCUGAACUCGCCAGAUAUUGUCUUUGUACAAGAAAUACAGGAUGACUCGGGCGCUAAGAAUGAUGGUGUAGUGUCCGCAAACAAGACGCUCAGCGCGCUGACGACGGCUAUUGCGAAGGCCAGCAAAGGCGAUGCUCAGUAUAGGUUUAUCAAUGUUGAGCCAGAAGAUAAUGUUGAUGGUGGGAAACCGGGUGGCAAUAUCCGUGUCGCAUACCUAUGGCGACCUGAGAGUGUUUCCCUGGUACCUGGAUCACCGGUGGGCAAUGCUACGCAGGGCACGGAAGUUAUCAUAGAUGUGGAAGGCCAGAUUCAUCUCAGCUACAACCCUGGCCGCAUAGACCCACUUAAUGCCGCUUGGGAAGAAGCCCGUAAACCAAUCGCAGCGGCAUGGCAGACUACAUCUGGAAACCGUUUCUACACUGUGAAUGUCCAUUUCAGCUCUAAGCGCUAUAGCUCGUCCGUGGAGGGUGAUGCGCGACCACCCAUAAAUGGGAAGAGCGCUCAGCGCUCGGCACAAGCGAAUGUCACGGCUAACUUUGUUCACUCUCUUCUUACUCGUGACCCUGAUGCAAGCAUUAUAGUGGGUGGAGACAUGAACGAAUUUCUUCAGACGCGCUCCGUCUUUAGGCCUUUUGCAGGGUUGCUCACAGAUAUCAAUAAAGUCGCUAAUGUGCCCUCGGCCGAACGGUACACCUACGUAUAUGACCAUCACGCGCAGGAGAUCGACCAUAUUUUCGUGUCGAGUUCAGUUGCUGCUCGCGGAGCGGAAGUCGAACAUGUACAUGUGAAUACGUGGGCCGCGAGUGCAGGUGCAAGGGCGAGUGACCACGAUCCCAGUGUCGCAAAGGUUUGGGUGUGUGCACCUGAGCCUGGACUCGGACUUGAACAGGAGGUGGAUGGUCCGGAAUUUCCAUCGUAUAUGUAUGAAUACGACGAUAACGUGCAGGUCGUACUGUGA